UGCACAUCUACGAAGUCCCAGUGGAAUACCAGGCGGUGCAAAGGCUCAUUCCUGCAUUAUGGAAAAAGCACAAUCCACAAUUGUUGGUUCACGUAGGUGUUUCGGGUAUGGCCACAACUGUAACUCUGGAGCAGUGUGGCCAUAACGCCGGUUAUCAAGGCUUAGACAACUGCGAUUUCUGCCCAGACUCUCAGUGUUGCGUAGAAGGUGGCCCAGAUUUCAUCGAUUCUGUUAUUGACAUGGAUGCGGUUUGCAAGAGAGUCUCAGCACUGGGGCUGGAUGUCAUGGUCACUACAUCUAUCGAUGCCGGCAGGUACCUCUGCGACUUCACUUACUACGCUUCCUUACACCAGAGCCGCGGGAGGUCAGCUUUUAUUCAUGUGCCUCCGCUGGGAAGACCAUAUACCGCAGAACAGCUGGGUCGGGCACUACAGGCUAUCAUAGAAGAAAUGCUUGAUGUUUUGGAGCAUUCUGAAGACAAAAUCAAUUGUCAGCAUGAACACUGAAAGUGGGCAGAAGUUAUCCUAGUAUUGCACUUCCAAAAUUAUCCCUGCUACGGAAGUACUGGGGAAAACGGUCUGAAACAUACGGACCCAGAAUUGGAGACUUCAAAAAAGGAAAAUUCCACUUCUAGAAAUUGACUUCUUUUUUUUUUUUUCUUCUGUCAAAUGUGUGCAUUUCAGCCUAGGCAACAAAGGAUUCAAAGUCUCUUCUUGAAAACACCUGCAACUACUCAUUUCUGAAGUGUGUGUGCUGUGCUUUAUCCAGAUCUUACCUGUCGGCCAAGUGGCAGCUACUGACCAGUCUGAUACGGUGCAGAUGGAAAGAUUCUCAUCUGGGCUUGGCGUUCAGAUCACCAAUACAUAGAAUUUGCUAAUUUGCACUGACUGGGAGACCUGUUGCCAACCACAAAAAAAAUGUUGUGCUAGUGAGUAAGUGUAGGAAGUUCAGGUUUAGUGUUAAUUACCGUGCCUGCAAUUUAACAAAUUUUAAAAGCUGGUAGAGGUUUAGAAUCCUGUGACUGCAAAAUUGUCUCUGGGGAUGCACUUCACGAGAAACGGGGGUGAGAAUGUUUUGUGUGGAAGAGAGAAAUAGGGAGGUUCCACUGUGUUGGGUCUGAUGUCAUUUUAUCUGCUUGCCAACAGCUCAGAGUAGGAACGUGCUGGUGAAGUUUGGUGAUGACAAUUUAAUUGUUUCAGUUAUUAAAUGCUGCGGAGGAUUUUGAGGAACUCCAGAUACUCGUAAACUCCUUCAUAAUUUGGCAACGCUGAUUUGGGAGGUACUUCCUUUGAAUUAAACAUGGUAAUCAACUCUGUAAAACACAGCAGAAAGAAACUAUGAGCUUGGAAGUUUCUUUACCUUAAAGACUCCUUAUGGGACCCUUCCAACUUGAGAUAUUCUAUGAUUCUAUUGUCUGGUUGAAGGUAAACACCCAUUGUACAGCAGCUCUUUGUCUUUUGGGGGCAGCUUUUGGAAAGGAUAUCAAAAAUCUGUAAGACCAUAUAGAGCAGUUCACGCUUAUCUGGAGUAUUCCCCAACCCGAUUGCUUCCUCCUAAAUGCGGUAGUAGUGGGAAAGGAUGAAAAGGUCAUGAAGAUGGUUAGAGGUGUUGAGUGUGGUUGUGACAUGAGACUGCAGCCAAGAACUGCUGAGCUUCCAGAGUCCUUCCAGGAAGGACAUGACCGAGGGUGUUCAAAAGUUUAAGACUUCAUGAAAACUGACCGGUUGCUCUGCUUUCACCCCAACGAGGAAGGAAAUUCAAAGGCGAGGUGUCUGGUGUAAAUCUGAGAUUAAAUGCUUCCUGGCUGACUCCUUGUAGAAAUUGAGAAGGUGUUCGCAUGCAGCACCGUGUUGUAAAGCGUAGCUUGAUGCAUCGGGUCCUGCCUGCUGCCUGCAGCAGGAAAACAGACUCAUCAAACCAGGGCUGUGAUCUAACACAUCAAAUUAUUUUUAUCUCCAUGGGGUUUGUACUACACGUACUGUGGUAAGUCGGGUAGGAAACUAUUUGUGUUUACUUACCUAGAGAGUCACACUUAGAUGUAGCAUUCAGACUCUGCUGUGUCUCUCACUGUCCUGCCGGUUGUGCAGGCAAUAUUUAACCUUUUAGUGCCUCAGUCAGCUGGCAAAGGGGAUUAUUCCGGGCCACUGUCACGCAGUGCCAUGCCUGGAAUAAAAGCCCAAGAGCUUCCAGGCCUGCAGACUGGACAGCACAGACUCCCAGUGUUUGUGUUUUUGUUAAUGAAAAGGCUAAAAAAGUUAUAAUCCACUGAAGUUUCUUCUAAUUCUUAAAUAAUCUUCAUUUGAUCGAGCGCGUGAUUCGUUGACCUCGCAUGCAGGCUUUCCUUAUGAAAUGUGUAAAAGGAGUUGCGGUAGGGAGAGCUUCGUAAAACCAAAACCGGGAAAACCGUGUAAAUGAGCUGAACUGGUAAUUCCCCGUGAACACAGGAGCUAGCGCUGGACUAAAGCAGCGACUAUGGCCUGACCACGUUAUCUCAUGGUCUAACUCGUUGAGACUCGCACAUCUUUUUUAACUCGUCAUGUGUUUGUAACGCUCUAAGCGCGUGGCUGGUGCUCGGACACGAAGCUGCUUUAAGAGUGAGUGGUAGCGUUUGGAAGCUGACUGGAAACCAGUAUAUUUACGUGUAGAAAGUACACUUGGGGGGUGGGGGGUGGGGUGUGUUUAAUUAUGAUUUUCAGCUUUCAGCCCGCAGCACAGAUAAUGAAAUUGUCGGCAAUGAAUUUGUACGUACUUUCACAAAGGAGCUCCCUUCCCGUUGUCUCCUUUGCUUCAAUACGCUGUCCGAUAAUAUUCUAAUGAGAGGAAUUUCAGAGUUGCGAAGGCUUUCUUUCAAACCGUAUCUGUUGGCUUGGGUAAAAAAAAAAAAACCCAAACCCUAGUUGAUACCAUAAAUACACAUCUUGACGUAGAUGGAUUUGUUAUUUUUGCACCAGAAACCCUAAUGGUUUGCAGUAUGAAGUGCACUUUUUCUUAAAAAAAAAAAAAAAAAAAAAAAUUGUAUUCAUGUCUGAUUCGUGUCUUACGUGAUGAAAGUGAUAUUCUGCCAAGCCUCCAAAGCUGAGGAUAUUGUUAAUUCUUCAUCGUAUGAAUCGAAACCUGAGAUCCGCUUCUGCUCAAUCGAUUUUAAGACGAAGUAGAGAAGAAAAUGCCUCCCCAUAGAUAGGAAUUAAACAUAGGAAAUGAAACUUUACACUGCCCUUAAAUAAAACUCUGUGCUACUUAAAUACACGUUCAGGUUUUCUAUUGCACCAGCUUCUUAAAUCGCAAAUGUUUACUUUGAUUAAACAGGGAGUGCCUUGUCCUGUGCUGGGCUCGCUUUUGGAAAGCAGAGUGAUGGCGAUGGGGACAGAUGAGCCCUUUGCACAUCAGGUGGGUGGGAAGACUGGGCUUUCGGCACUGGGAGAAACUGCUGACCUUGUUCGGUGUCCCCUUUAUCCGAGGAUGCUCUUCAGAAACUGCACUGAAUUGAGUUCUCGAGGUUUUCUGACACCCGCUUGGACCUGACGAAGGAAAAAAAAAA